GGCACCACACCCACUCCUCCAUUCCCCACUCCUCCCCAAACCAAACCCUCGCCGUCGGCCCCCUCCCCCUCCACCGGCGGCCAUGGACGAACCGCAGGUCAUCAUCGGCACCUCCAGGAGCGAUAUGCUCGCCAGCAUUGAGCGCAACGGCCGACACCCUGACACGCUGGAUCUCGGCUCCAACAUGAUGCUCUACAUGGUGUACCGCUACCUCCCGGCCCCGCCCGUCUCCCCCACCGCCACCCUCUCGCUCGCCGGCGCGUCCUGGGUCCCCGAAGGCGUCGACCGCAUCAGCCGCCUCCCGGAUGCGCUCCUCCGCGACAUCAUCUCCCGCCUCCCCGCCAAGGACGCCGCGCGCACCGCCACCUUGGCCUCGCGCUGGCGCCCGCUCUGGCGUUCGGCGCCCCUUUCCCUUGUCGACAGCCAUCUGCUUCCGGACGGGGGCGCGUCCGGCCCGUUCAUCAUCGGCGCUCCCUCUCCCCGCGCCGUCACCGCCGCGGUGUCCAGCGCCCUCGCGGCGCACCCGGGGCCUUUCCGCUGCGUCCACCUCACCUGCAGCACCAUGGACGAGCACCGAGGCGAGAUGGCCCGCUGGAUCGACACCCUCGUCGCAAAGGGGGUCAAAGAUCUCAUCUUUGUCAACCGUCCUUGGCCGAUUGACCUGCGCCUCCCCGCCACGCUCUUCAGCUGCGCCUCCCUCACCCGCCUCUACCUCGGCGUCUGGAGGCUCCCGGACACCGCCGCCGUGCCGCGCGGUGUCAGCUUCCCCAACCUCCGGGAGCUCGGCCUAUGCUGGAAUGUCAUGGAGGACCGUGACCUCGCCUUCAUGCUUGAAAGAAGCCCCGUCCUGGAGUUCCUGGUCAUCAUGGCCAGCCAGACCGGAGUGCGCGUUCGCCUCGUCAGCCAUAGCCUGCGCUGCGUUCAGCUCGGCCAUACCUUCUUGGAGAACAUCGACGUGGUGGAUGCCCCUCUCCUGGAGAGGCUCUUCCAGUGGCAAACUGUCGCCGCGCAGGGUUGCCGCGUCAUGGCGAACCGCUCUUUCAGAAUCAAGAUUGGGCCUGCACCUAACCUGCGUGUGCUGGGAUAUCUUAAGCCAUGAGAGCAAGAGUUGGUCGUCGUGGCUGGGAGCAAGGAGAACAUUGUCCCUAGUGUACAGAUUUUGGCCAUGGAGGUGCCAUUUGGUGUCCGCAAUGCUAUCAAGAAAGUGCCAGGUUUUCUGCGCUGUUUCCCCAACCUGGAGACGCUCCAUGUCCAAGUAAAAUUUGUUAACUACAUACAUUCGCUGCAUUGGUAAUUUUGCAAUGCCAGUGUCCAUGUUAUCUAGAAUGAACUGACCUGCUGGCCUGCUAUCAUGGGUUGGCUGCGGCGUCGCAAAGAUCUUUCCCCCUUUAGUGAUAGAAACAGAGUUUGACUGAAACUGCAGUUGUGAUUUCCUUAGUGUUCAAUACAUGGUACAUACAGGCAAAGACCAAGUUACAGGAUAACUGAACAUGACAUGAAUAAUGUACACAUGGAUUCAGGGAACAAGUUGUUGCAACCUGCAGUAUUCUUAUCUGGUACUAACAAACGCAUUCCGACAUAAUGGUUCUAAAUACACGUCUGCACCACUUACCGUAGCAGCCACGCAGCAAAACUGGGUUUGUCACACUUGGAUAGCCUAUUAGCAAGUGUACUCUGUUUUGUAUCGCGUCUUUACCGUCUUAGCAGAAUCAUAGCGCAUCCGGUGGAGGGUUCAAAGUAAGUGUAGCCUGUCUGGUAAUUUUGCCAGUGUCCAUGUUAUAUAGCAUUGUCAGAACUGUGAAUCAGACUAUUAAUUAUAAGAUUGCUUGGCAUGCUGCUGCUAUUGCUACUGCUGCAUGAUAUGUCCUCAAAGAAAAGAUCCCUGAACUAAUAUAUGCGGCUGAUCAAUUUCAUCUGCAGUCCCCCCGCAUACGUGAGGAGUCCACCGGCAAGGUCAAUCUCAAGUUCUGGCAGGAGGGCGGUCCCAUCAAAUGCGUCCUGCAGAGCAUGAAGAAGUUGUUCUUCUACGAGUUCCGAGGGUCGAGAAGCGAGCUUACUUUCCUCAAGUUUAUCGCGGAGAGAGGUCGGGUGCUGGAGCAGAUGGUGGUUGUGUUGGCCAGUGAGUGUUUCUCCUCGGGGGAUAACGUGAAUGCCAAGCUGAAGCCUCUGGCCAAUGCGAAAUGGAGCAGCAAAGCCUGCAAACUAGAGCUCUUCAGGAGCCCACUCACAAAUGUUUCUGGUCCUCGUCACAACCACGAACUAGCUGCUGAUUUUGGGUUUGCUGACCCUUUUGAUCUCAAGUACUACUCCAAAGCAGAAAGGAUCUCUGUAAGUUGAUUAGCAGCUCUUGUACAAGUAGUACCUAUUUGGCAAGCUGUGGAAUGCUUGUUUCUGCGAAGCGAAGUUUUUUGUGGGAUGUGGCUGGACGCAUAACGCAUCGAAUUAUAUUGUCUUCAUUUUUAUUUUGGUU